AUGUUGUACAAGACUAUCAUUUCUACUGCUUUAUUAGCUCAAGCUUUGGCUGCCCCAUUGGCCAUCAACCAACAACAACACCAACACCACAAACACAAUGAAGAAAAAAGAGCUGUUCAUGUUGUUACUCAAACCAAUGUUGUUGUUGUUACUUUAGGAAAUGGUGAUGCUACUACCACUUUUAGCCCAGUUUCUGCUGAAACUCAUGCUUCCGAAGCUAGCCAAGUCACUGAUGCUCCUCAAGUUCAACCAACUACUACUGCUGACGCCUCAUCAAACGAUGAUGACUCCACUUCGUCAUCAUCAUCAGCUUCCGACUCCACUUCAUCCUCCUCAUCAAAUGUUGGCUCUGGUGGUGCCAAGGGUGUUACUUACACUCCUUAUGCUGAUAAUGGUAACUGUAAAACUUCAUCCCAAAUUGCUUCUGAAGUUGCUGAAUUGAGUGGAUUUGAUGUUAUCAGAUUAUACGGUGUUGAUUGUGACCAAGUUGCUCAAGUCUUGCAAGCCAAAGCUUCUGGUCAAAAGAUUUUUGCUGGUAUCUAUGAUGUUUCCGCUAUUUCUGAUGGCGUUCAAACUAUUGCCGAUGCUGUCAAGGCUCAUGGUUCAUGGGAUGAUAUCCACACUGUUUCAGUUGGUAAUGAAUUGGUCAACUCUGGUCAAGCCAACCCAUCUCAAAUCAAAUCAUAUGUCAACCAAGCUAAAUCUGCUUUGAAAUCUGCUGGUUACAAUGGUUCAGUUGUUUCAGUUGAUACCUUUAUUGCUGUUAUCAACAACCCAGAAUUGUGUGACUACUCUGACUACAUUGCCGUCAAUGCUCACUGUUUCUUUGAUGGUUACUACACCGCUGACCAAGCUGGUGAAUGGGUCUUGUCUCAAAUCCAAAGAGUUUCAACUGCUUGUGGUAACAGUAAGAAUGUUUUGAUUACUGAAACUGGUUGGCCAUCAAGAGGUGACUCCAACAACAAGGCUGUUCCAUCAAAGGAAAACCAAGAGGCUGCUAUUCAAUCCAUUAAGGACACUUGUGGAAGUGCCUCUAUUUUGUUUACUGCUUUCAAUGACUUGUGGAAAGCUGAUGGUCCAUACAAUGCUGAAAAAUACUGGGGUUUCUUGUCAAACUAA